AGGCGCUCUCGUCAUGUCUCCAUCAGUUGAGAAGUGGCAUGUGGAUAUUAUUAUUACAUGAUAAUACAGCAGUUUUCUGAAGAUGUCAGUGUCCCCAGAUGUUGAGAGUCAAUCCUCCGGUGCGCGCUCCCGCAGCAGGUGUCUGGACACCUUCCUCACCGUGUCCGUGAUCGCGCUCUUCAUCAUGUUUAUCGUCGCUCUCGCCGCCGCGCUGCUCUUCGUCAAACACAUCGAGAGUGAGAUGAACGCGCGGACGACGCAAGACUCAGACGGGCAGAAGGGCCCACUCGAGAUGGUCGCACCUGGAGCCGCAUAUAAGAUGCAGAAUUUUGCAUACCUGAGGGCCACCAACAGUCAACUGAAGGAAAACGUGAUGGAAUGGGAAUCCAUCCCGUAUGGUAAGGGACAGUCCAUCGGUUCGAUGUACAGCUAUGAGAAGAAUCAGAGAGUUCUGAACGUGAACGAAGCUGGAAGCUACUUCCUGUACGUCCAACUGACUUUCUCCUGCACACACAUCUGUCCGGCCGGCCAAUUUACCACCAGCUUUUACAAUCAAGAUAACAAAAAGCAACUGACCUGCACAGUCUCGCUGCCAAAAAUGCCUGACAUGAAUGGAUCGUUGCCAGUUAGCAGGACAUGCUGGCAUGUCAUCACGCUUCCGGAACAAAAAAGUCGUCUACUGGCAAAAACAGAGUUUUCAGAACAGACACUCAACAAUUGGAAACUGGAUUUGAACGAUUCUGGAUUUGGGAUGUUUUUGGUUGACAGACUAGGAGCAGCAUGAGGUCAUCACGCAUGGUUGUGAGAAACUAGACUAACUUCAGGAGAACAUGGACUCCUCGCAUGCAGCUAUGAGCUCGUGGGUCUCGAAUCCUCAUCGGCACUUUUAUCCACUCAGGACUUCUUUGUAUACUCUGGUGGCCCAGGCCCAGACGCAAUCUGUGCACAACAUUUUCGCAGAUUUGGAACAUGCGUUGUUCGUGAAGUUCUACACAUUCCUUGGCCGCUUGUUUGUUUUUUUUAUCAAAUACAUUGACUAAACUGAUUGUUCAGCUCAUGAAGAUUUUGGCUGGGCUAGCCGAUGACUGAGAGAUAAGCAAAGCUGUUUUAUCACUAUUUAUAAUUUAAAUAUAUUUAUAUGUGUUAAUACAUUUAUAAUAAUUGUAAUAUUUAUACUUCUAGUUGUGUAUAUUGUACAUAUGAUGUGUUAAUGUUUACCGUAAGUGUAAAACUGUAGAUUUCACUACAUAUGAGCAGUAUGUCGGGGGCUAGACCUCUUGCAGGUCAUGCUCGACCGAUGGUAAAGCUGUCUAACAGUGCGACUGUUUCUUUCGUUCACAGAUUGGAGAUUGCACAUACUAUAUUAGCCUACAGAUGUUUAGCUGUGUAACAGAAAUAAUGUGUAAAAUCUGACCUACACAUCAAUACUGUACCAGGUGCCUUGUGAUAAAUUAAAGGGAUCGUUUACUAAUUAUGUUCACCAAUAAUGUCAAUUCUGGUUGGGAACAGACAUGGGCAUGAGUAAAUAAAGAGUGAACUUUGCCUUUAAAAAUCUCUCAAAUCUGUAAUGUGAAGUUUUAGUCCUACAUGUGUAAAGGGAGCACGCUGGUGGGUAGCUGUGCUGUAUGUAAACCUCUUCAUUAGCACGCCUGCCUCCCAUGCUUGAGACCCUGGUUCGAAUCCCGCUCGGGGCAGGUUAAGCAGGACCGGUUACAAAUGUAAUUAUGUGACAGUUUCCCUAGCAUAUCAUGCUAACAGCUGUGGAUGCUCUGACAGAUGCCAUCAGUUAGAUGAGUGUUUUCAUUCUUCUGAAAACUGUAAAAAGUCAAAAAGCUACAUGUGUGAAUAUACGUAAAUGGCUCUUCACACACACACGCACUCUUGUGUUGUAUUGUUUGUUGUAAAGUGGAGAAGUUUUGAAUGCUAACUAACUCAGGAACUCUAUAGAGAUGAAUGUAACAAUUAUGAAAGUUUGUGAAUUGUUUUAUUUUGCAUAAUGGGACUAUUUAAUAAAGGAAAAUGUUAAUUAUACA